UCAAACUCAGUUGCCAGCGACGUUUCUGUUGAGUUAAGCUGCUCUCGUAGCACAACUUUUCAUCCACAGCUGAAGCGUGUGAAACGCUUCUAAAAGUAAUACGUAUAUAUGUGUAUAUAUAUCUAAACAUGUGUUCAUACGAGUGAAGUGGGAUUUCGUCAUCGGAAUGGACGGUAAAGUCAUCGGAACGGGUCCCUACAGAGCGACCAAGCUGUGGAAUGAAACCAUUAAACUCUUCCGUGGAGGCAUGCAGCUGAAGAGGCACUGGGCGCAUUUCCGCUACUAUGAUUGCAGUUUCACGGGAUCCGAGGCUGUGGAAUACCUGCAUCAACUGCUUCAGCGCAACUACAACUUCGGGCCGGAGGUGACGCGCCACCAGACCCUGCAACUGCUCAGGAAGUUCCUCAAGGCCCACGUCAUUGAAGACAUCAAGGGACGCCAUGGGACAGAGGACUUUGAAGACAACGGCCGGCUGUACAGGUUCCCCACCUCGUCCCCCUUGAAGUCUUUCCCAACGAGGCCCGUGUUGAGAGACUGCAGUGACCUUCCUAGACUCAUUCGCUGGGAUGACUACGAGGAAUUGCCUCAGCGGGAAAACGUGGCGCCCCUGAAGUCUUCCGUCAUGACCUCAGAUUUGUGGAACAAGAGGCACAGUGUAGCUAUCGGGGAUGUGAAUGAGUGCAAGCUCAUACGAAGGAAGGAGAUCACUCCGAAGCAAGUGGACCACAUCUGGAAAUCCAUGACGGUUGCACAUUUACAGAGAGUGCUGGGUCUGCAGUCAUUGGACGGAGUUUUGAACCUUACGCAUGUCAACGGCAAGCACAUAGUUCACAAUGUGUUCAGCGUGAAUAAGACGGGAAUAGUGGUGCUGGAGAACAAAGCCGAGGACAUGCCGUAUUGGGUGGUAUCAGCAAUGAAAUGCCUCGCCAAUUGGCCCAAUGGAAGUGACAGCAAGCAGCCAGUGUACCCGGGUUUUGAGAGGGAUGUUCUGAGAACAGUUGCAGAUUACUUUCAGAGGCUCAAAGAACCCCUGCUGACUUUCCAUCUAUACGAAGUCUUUGUCAAUAUUCUCAGUCUGCUGCACGAGCAGCAAGUCGCCACUGAGGCCCUUCAGCUCAGCUGUCUGCUGCUGCCGCCGGCCAGCCGGAGACGCCUCCAGCUAUUGAUGCGUCUAAUGGCUCGUGUCUGCCAGAAUCCCCACCUGCCUCCACUCAAUGACGCCAUCGCUACCCGCACUCUGAUGGUGCAGACGUUCUCACACUGCGUCCUGGGCUCCGUGGAUGAGAUGGACUUGGAUGAGCUGCUCGCCACCAAACUGGUGGUCUUCAUGAUGGAGCACCACAACACCAUCUUCCAAGCUCCUCCCAAGCUGCGUUGCCAGGUGGAGGAGCACCUGUCCCACCUCAAAAGAGUCCAAAUCAAAUAUGCAGGUUCUGAUACAGACUUCAGCACAUCUCCAGCCUUCUGCAAGCAGAUCAGCCGGGUGGAGUCUGACGGGCAGACGGUGGUGGGAAUCCAGACCCCUCUGCAGGCGCUGCUGGAGGGCCUGAUUGCAGACAGAGAACUCCCCGCCAAGGACAAGAGGAAAAGGCUUAAACAGUUCCAGAGGUCGUACCCAGAAGUCUACCGCAGCCGAUUUCCCACCGAAGAAAGCAAGGCGGCUGUGGUACCUGAGAAAACCCCACGGCUCAAACCGCAUCUCAUGUUCUUCAACCUCAAGAAGCCCUUCCAGCCCUUCCAGAGGAGCUGGAGUUUUAGGGCGUGAUGUUCACAUCACACGACUCACUGAGAACAAGAACAAUGUGGCUCAGGUCACGAGAAAAGCACUAAGGAAAUACAUGUAAAGGCCAGUUCACACAAAUGCACACACUUAAUACCAGCAGUAAUAUUAAUAAUUCUAAUGUCUAAAAGGGCAUUCGCUUGAAUGUGGAGGACAGCGCUGAGCUUUUGAACAAAUACAUUUGACUGAGGUUGCUGGAGAACUUGAACAAAGUAUCUAAUGAUACACCAACACUGAGAACCACGGAUGUUUCUUAAAAUCAGCACUGAUAGUUGUUCAAACAUUGUGCAUUGGUACGUUGUUUCUUAUUAAUACUAAGAUACUGUAUGUUACAAAGAUCCAAUAAGGGAUCGCAGCGACUAACAUUGUCACAUUUCAAAUGAAUGAAUAUGUGGUUAGCUGUUAACAUUAUGGAUGUUGAAAGGUAAUGAUCAAGUGCAUCCUACUCUGAAACCAUUUCUAUAGAUUUUUAGUUUUGCACUGUAACAAAAAUAUUCAGAUGCAUCUCUUGGUGCAAAUGGCUCUUAAAAUAUUAUGUAAUAUCCUGAGGAUUUUGUAAUUACUUUUUAUGUUCUGUGUUCUGGAACAAAGAAGCUCUACUUGAGCUUCAGCUGGUCAGUUCAUCCGUGACAAAAGAUGAAGUCCUCCAAGACGUGCUUGAAUAUUGUAGAUAAAGUGGCUGUACAACGUGCACUACUGAAUUUGAAAUGUUGAUCUGCUGAAAUACUAAUGUCAGAACGGGGAAAAGUAGGCGAAUGCAACCGUUGACUACAAAAUGUCCUCACAGCUGGACGAGUCCUGCUGUAUGUGCACUCUUACAAGUCAUUUCAUGUGUUUUAAUGUUAUUCUGUGUAUUAGAACUCGUCUCGACUGGUACUUUCGUAUUUUGUCAUGUUCUAAUACCUGCUGUUCUGUCAAUCAGGUAGUUUUUCACUUAAGUUGAGACUUAAUUUUUUUGAAUAAGUGAGGAUGCUAAUGUUGUUUUUAAUGAAUGCUUUUAAAACAAAUGUAAUCGUGCUGGAAUAACUGUUACACUUGAAUUGCUGCUCUACGCUGGAAAGAAAACAACUGGAUAAAAGUGAAUUCAUUUUAAUCUGUUGUUCUUGUUAAUUGGUAAAUUAACUAUAUUGUUGUCUUUUUCUGGGGUUAUAAGUACUUUUACAUGAGGGGUGAUUUGAUAGUUUGCACACAGGAAUCUUGUCUGGAUGAACCUUCAGCAUUGCAAGAAAAGUAGCAGUAGAUCACGGCCCCAAAAUCUGCAUUAAUACAACCUUCAUGGAUUGUUUUGUUUUUUUUAAAUCUGAAAAUAGCACACCGUUAUUACUUGUCAUUAUUUAUCUAUAUUAAUAUGCUUUCUCCCCCGACAACUAUUAGAGGGAGAGUGGUUUGCCCUUUUCUCUCUUUCGUAAAAGAAGCUUUUGUGACAAAGGGGGGGGGCUCAUUAUUUAGUGAUGACAGAGGCGCUGUGCGUCAGUGGCUGACCGCCGCGUGAAUUCACAAGUAAACAUCCCACAUGGUAAACAGUCGAUGGGGGGAUAGAAGCUGCUGUGUAUUUAUUUUUGACGCAGCCAUGGCCUCUUCCAAAUGAUUUCUUGUGGCACCAGUUAAUGCGCCUCCAUUGUACUCUCAGGGUCAAGCGGCCCACACACUCAUGUGUCUUAAACUGGGACGUAUGCAGCUGACAGGAAAUGACGUAAUCGUCACAGCUUUCCUUUUAAGGUGUUAAAAGUCUAUUCGUGCUCGCAACGACAGUCAUAUGUGAAUAUUGAAAUAUUAGCAGUCAUGGUGCUUAUAAAUUGGCUUUAUUUAGUGUGAACCCACGUUAAAGCAAACCCGUCAAUAUCCUCAAGCACUGCGUGUGUGUGUGUGUGUGUGUGUGUGUGCGCGUGCGUGUGUAUGACCAACUGAGCAAAGGCCAGAAAGUCACUACUGAAGCUUACUGCUAAAUUGUACAUUGUGCAUGUUGAGGACGUGGUACCUGUUGAAAGGUAAUUUGCAUGCGCCUCGUGUUGCUCGGCCUCAUGAAAGGCGUCUCAUGUCUGCUGUAGAUUAUAACUAAACCAUAUUCUAAACUAUUGAGCUACAUGGUGUUUUCCUCAAACCGACUGGUCAGAUGAGGCUGGAGUCAGAGAUCUGUUUAUCAGAAUUCUUUAUUGAACAUGAAUCGUGGGAAGAAAAGCACAGACUUACUGAAGGUUGGAUGCUAACUAUAAUAACUAUGUUCUCAAUCCCAACAUGCAUGUCCAGAUGAUUAAUGAUUAAGACCGAUCUCACACAAUACAUACAGUAUAUAUAUUUUAUAAAAUGACAAUGGUGGUAGUUUUUCUAGUGUUGCCAACGCUCAUUUGUUGCAUUAACCUCACUGCUGCUUCUUGAUUGUGUUUGCCAGCAGCAGACAUAUUAUGUUUUGGUGAAAUUCACUUAACGCAAAUUAGGAAAGCAAAAAUUCUUAACUAAUUCCAAUUUGCCCACACUGUGCACUAAUCACGCAUCCGUGGUAAUUACAAGAUUACAAACAUUCACAGCGUGAUGUUCACCUUCUCUUCAGAGGCAGUAAAAAAGUGGUUCCACAACAGAACACACAAUAUUUGACUGUUACUAUUGGCACAGAAUUAUGUAAAUUAUAAGAGCAAACUCAUUUCCUAGAAAUGUUGGAAGCAAAUAAAUCAGUUCUGCAUG